AAUCAGAGCGCGGAGAGGGCCCAAAGGGGCGGGGCCAGCGAGGAACCUGCAGGAACCGAGCAUCCUUGGAGAGAGCGCAGCAUCAGCACCACAAGCCUCCCGCCGAUGCCCGAGCCGGCCCUCGAGCCCUUUUGCACCGCAGGAAGGGGAUUUUCAGGAGUGGAAUCUUCCCAGGAGGAGAGAAACUCGUAGACGGCCAGAAUGGCAGGAGCAUCUGUCAAGGUGGCCGUCCGGGUGCGCCCUUUCAACUCCCGAGAAAUGGGCAAGGACUCCAAAUGUAUCAUACAGAUGACAGGAAACACCACCACUAUCAUUAAUCCAAAACAGCCAAAGGAGACACCCAAAAGCUUCAGCUUUGACUAUUCCUAUUGGUCUCAUACCACACCUGAUGACAUCAACUAUGCCUCUCAAAAGCAGGUCUAUCGGGAUAUUGGAGAGGAAAUGCUGCAACAUGCUUUUGAGGGUUACAACGUCUGCAUCUUUGCCUAUGGGCAAACUGGAGCUGGAAAAUCAUAUACCAUGAUGGGCAGACAGGAAAAAGAUCAGCAAGGCAUAAUUCCUCAGCUGUGUGAAGAUCUCUUCUCCCGAAUCAAUGACACAACAAAUGACAACAUGUCUUACUCAGUGGAGGUGAGCUACAUGGAAAUAUACUGUGAACGUGUGCGUGACCUCCUCAACCCCAAAAACAAAGGGAAUUUAAGAGUGAGAGAGCACCCACUCCUUGGGCCGUAUGUGGAAGAUCUCUCGAAACUAGCUGUCACAUCCUAUAAUGACAUCCAAGAUCUAAUGGACUCUGGGAACAAAGCCAGGACAGUGGCUGCCACCAAUAUGAAUGAAACCAGCAGCCGCUCCCACGCUGUUUUCAAUAUCAUCUUCACUCAGAAGCGGCAUGAUGCCGAGACUGACAUCACCACUGAGAAGGUCAGCAAAAUUAGCUUGGUCGAUCUUGCAGGGAGUGAACGAGCUGACUCCACAGGAGCAAAAGGCACACGACUUAAGGAAGGAGCAAACAUCAAUAAAUCACUAACCACCCUGGGAAAGGUGAUUUCUGCUCUAGCUGAAAUGGAUUCAGGACCAAAUAAGAACAAGAAAAAGAAAAAGACGGACUUCAUUCCAUAUCGAGACUCUGUACUUACCUGGCUCCUUCGAGAAAAUCUUGGUGGUAACUCUAGGACUGCUAUGGUUGCUGCCCUUAGCCCUGCUGAUAUCAAUUAUGAUGAGACCCUCAGCACAUUAAGGUAUGCUGACCGUGCUAAGCAGAUCAGGUGCAAUGCUGUCAUUAAUGAGGAUCCUAACAACAAACUGAUCAGGGAACUGAAGGAUGAAGUGGCUCGUCUGAGAGACCUGCUGUAUGCCCAGGGUCUGGGAGACAUUAUUGACACUAAUCCCGUUCCAGGAGGACCUAAAUACAUUUCCGACUUUGAGAACAAUAAUGAUAACCGUAGAGUGGCAGAUAUGAGUCAACGCCAUGACAAUCUCUCCACAGUGACCAAUGCCUUGGUAGGAAUGAGCCCGUCCUCCUCACUGUCUGCAUUGUCCAGCCGAGCUGCUUCUGUCACCAGUCUCCAUGAGCGCAUCAUGUUUGCUCCAGGUAGUGAAGAGGCCAUUGAGAGGUUGAAGGAAACUGAGAAAAUCAUUGCUGAGUUGAAUGAAACAUGGGAGGAAAAACUACGUAGAACAGAAGCAAUCCGGAUGGAAAGGGAAGCUUUGCUAGCGGAAAUGGGAGUGGCUAUGAGAGAAGAUGGUGGUACACUAGGAGUAUUCUCUCCUAAGAAGACGCCACAUCUGGUCAACCUAAAUGAGGAUCCUCUGAUGUCUGAGUGCCUUCUCUACUACAUUAAAGAUGGAAUAACCAGGGUUGGUCGAGAAGAUGCCGAAAGGAGACAAGACAUUGUACUCAGUGGGCAUUUCAUCAAAGAAGAGCACUGCCUAUUCCGAAGUGACACAAAGGGCGGCAGUGAAGUGGUGACCCUGGAACCUUGUGAAGGGGCAGACACCUAUGUCAAUGGCAAGAAAGUCACAGAACCCAGCAUCUUAAGAUCUGGAAAUCGCAUCAUCAUGGGCAAGAGCCACGUCUUUCGCUUUAACCACCCAGAGCAGGCACGGCAGGAGCGAGAGCGGACUCCCUGCGCAGAAACCCCUGCUGAACCCGUGGACUGGGCUUUCGCCCAGAGAGAACUUCUGGAGAAACAAGGCAUUGACAUGAAGCAGGAGAUGGAACAAAGGCUUCAGGAACUUGAAGACCAGUACCGGAAGGAAAGGGAAGAGGCUAAUUACCUUCUUGAGCAGCAAAGACUCGAUUAUGAAAGUAAACUGGAGGCUUUACAGAAGCAGAUGGACUCUAGAUACUACCCUGAAGCUAAUGAGGAAGAGGAGGAACCCGAGGAUGAAGUUCAGUGGACAGAGCGGGAGUUUGAGUUAGCACUCUGGGGUUUCAGGAAGUGGAAGUGGUACCAAUUUACGUCUCUCCGGGACCAAUUGUGGGGUAAUGCCAUUUUCCUCAAGGAGGCCAAUGCCAUCAGUGUGGAGCUGAAGAAGAAGGUUCAGUUUCAAUUCGUACUCCUCACAGACACUUUGUACUCUCCUCUGCCUCCUGAUUUGCUUCCUCCGGACGCUGCCAAAGAUCGCGAGAAACGCCCUUUUCCAAGGACUAUUGUGGCAGUGGAGGUGCAGGACCAGAAGAAUGGAGCAACUCACUACUGGACUCUGGAGAAACUCAGGCAGAGGUUGGACCUGAUGCGAGAGAUGUAUGACCGGGCUGCUGAAGUGCCCUCUAGUGUUAUAGAAGACUGUGACAAUGUGGUGACGGGCGGAGACCCCUUUUAUGACCGCUUCCCUUGGUUCAGGCUGGUUGGCAGUUCAGAUAUCUCUGGCUGCAACAGCUCUCCUAUUUUCAACACAUGCAUGAGCGAGCGCAUGGCUGAUCUCACCCCCUCCCCCACCUUCUCGAACCCUGACUCCGACAUCACCGAGCCUGCUGACGAGCAGCACGUGGGGAAGGAGGAGGAGGAGGAGGAGGACCUGGAGGAAGACAUCUUUCCGGAGUACCCGCUGUAUGAUGGCCAGGAUCCAUUUUACGACCGCUCCCCCCUGUUCAGUUUAGUAGGAAGAGCUUUUGUGUAUCUCAGCAACUUGUUGUAUCCGGUGCCUCUGGUCCAUCGUGUCGCCAUCGUCAGUGAGAAGGGAGAAGUGAAAGGAUUCCUGCGUGUGGCAGUUCAGGCCAUCUCAGCGGAUGAAGAAGCACCAGAUUAUGGUUCAGGAGUGAGGCAGUCAGGAACAGCCAAAAUUUCCUUUGAUGACCAACACUUCGAGAAGUUCCAGUCUGAAUCCUGUCCUGUGGUGGGGAUGUCCCGCUCUGGAACCUCACAGGAGGAACUGCGCAUUGUUGAGGGCCAGGGGCAGAUAACUGAUAUUGGACCCUCAGCAGAUGAAGUCAACAACAACACUUGUGCAGCCACUCCUGAAGAUCUUCUGGACAGUUCAGAGAAGUCUGCUGUGGAUGGGCCUUUAGAAACAGCUUUGGAACACUUGAAACUGGGAAGCAUUUUCACUUUCAGGGUGACUGUUCUGCAGGCCUCCAGUAUUUCAGCAGAAUAUGCAGACAUCUUCUGCCAGUUUAACUUUAUCCACCGCCAUGAUGAGGCCUUCUCCACAGAGCCUUUGAAGAAUACUGGGCGAGGCCCACCACUUGGCUUCUAUCAUGUUCAAAAUAUUGCAGUGGAGGUCACCAAAUCUUUCAUUGAAUACAUUAAAAGCCAGCCAAUUGUUUUUGAGGUAUUUGGACACUAUCAGCAGCAUCCUUUUCCACCUCUCUGCAAGGAUGUCCUUAGCCCCCUAAGACCAUCCCGGCGCCAUUUCCCUCGGGUCAUGCCAUUAUCCAAACCAGUGCCUGCGACCAAACUGAGUGCCAUGACGAGGCCCAGCGUGGGUCCCUGCCAGUGCAAAUAUGAUCUGAUGGUCUUCUUUGAGAUUUGUGAGCUGGAGGCCAAUGGCGACUACAUCCCUGCUGUUGUGGAUCACCGGGGAGGAAUGCCCUGCCAUGGGACCUUCUUACUGCACCAGGGCAUCCAGAGGAGGAUCACGGUUACCUUGGUGCAUGAGACAGGAAGCCACAUCCGCUGGAAGGAAGUGCGGGAGCUAGUUGUAGGCCGGAUCCGAAACACCCCAGAAGGAGAUGAAUCGCUCAUUGAUCCCAACAUUCUCUCCCUGAACAUUCUCUCAUCAGGAUAUAUCUGUCCUUCCCAAGAUGAUCGGCAGUUUCUUGAUUCGGAUAUGCCUAGCAUUUCACUUGGAAAUGACACUAGGACCUUUUACCAGUUUGAAGCAGCCUGGGAUAGUUCCAUGCACAACUCUCUGCUACUGAAUCGCGUCACGCCAUACAGAGAGAAAAUCUACAUGACCCUCUCUGCAUAUAUUGAGAUGGAGAAUUGCACCCAACCAGCUGUGGUCACCAAAGAUUUCUGCAUGGUCUUCUACUCCAGAGAUGCCAAACUCCCUGCUUCUCGAUCCAUCCGCAAUCUUUUUGGAAGUGGAAGUCUUCGAGCUUCAGAGAGCAACCGUGUGACUGGAGUCUAUGAGCUCAGCCUUUGCCGGGUGGCCGAUGCUGGCAGUCCAGGCAUGCAAAGGAGACGAAGACGUGUGCUUGACACAUCUGUGGCAUACGUGCGAGGCGAGGAAAACCUAGCAGGCUGGCGGCCCCGUAGUGACAGCCUCAUCUUGGAUCAUCAAUGGGAACUAGAGAAACUGAGCCUUCUGCAGGAAGUUGAGAAAACAAGACAUUACCUGCUCUUGCGUGAGAAGCUAGAGACAACUCAGCGCUUAGGUCUUGAUUCCCUGUCAUCAAGCUCCAGUGAUGACUCUGAUUCGCGAAGCACAUCUUGUGUUUCAUCUCCUAUCUCAGCAGAUGGUACUCCAGAAGGAAGGAAUUUGCCCCUAGAUAUGCCCAACGAGAGGCAGAAAGAACUUGCAGUUAAGUGUUUACGUCUCCUUACACACACAUUCAACAGAGAGUACACUCAUAGCCAUGUCUGUGUUAGCGCAAGUGAAAGCAAGUUAUCUGAAAUGUCUGUGACUCUGAUGAGAGAUCCUUCCAUGCCAGCUCUUGGUGGCAGCACUUUGACUCCCUCUUCCACUUGCCCAUCAUUGGUUGAAGGACGGUACACUGCCACAGAUGCCAGACCUCUCCAGCUGUCUUCAAGGGUAGAAAGUCCUGAAUCUGAACACGCAAUUGAAGGAGAACAGAAGAAAACCCCCACCUGUGGGCCCGAGGAUGAAAAGGAGAUCCAGCGCCUUUUGGUUCCUGACAUUCAAGAGAUUCGAGUCAGUCCAAUUGUUUCUCGAAAAGGCUACCUCCACUUCCUGGAGCCCCAUACAAAUGGCUGGGUGAAGCGCUAUGUGGUGGUGAGACGCCCCUAUGUCUACAUUUACAACAGUGACAAGGACUCAGUGGAGAGGGCAGUUCUCAAUCUUUCAUCAGCUCAGGUGGAAUACAGUGAGGACCAGCAAGCCAUGCUGAAAACUCCUAACACCUUUGCAGUGUGCACUGAGCAUCGCGGGAUCCUGCUGCAGGCAUGCAAUGACAAGGAUAUGCACGACUGGCUAUAUGCAUUCAACCCUCUCCUGGCUGGUUCAAUAAGGUCCAAGCUAUCUAGACGGAGAACAGCCCAGACAAGAAUUUAACCCAAAAGAACCACCCACUUCAUCAAACCAAGUGAAACAAUGGGCGCUGCUUGUGGGUCCUCCUUAAAUCUGGAUCUCUCCUGUCAUUCAUCUCCCAGAGUGCUGCGCCAGCAAAGUGAUUCAUCUCAAGUUACAGCUUCGUUGGCCAAAUUCAUUUCUAUGGUAACUUUAGAAGCCUGGUAUACCCUGAGAUUCUUGUGCACAUGUGAUCUUCCACCCGUCUCUCAUUGGGUGGCAUAUGACCACUAACAAAACAAGAGCUUUUUAAUUUUGAGUCUUAAAGCAACUUUGACUUAAAGAUACAGGAAUUUGGAAAAGAGUGCAAGUUAUAAAUCAUGUUACUUAAGAGAUAAAAAUGAUAGGAUUGUGUGCUGAUAAAUCAUAACUUAUUAUUGACAUUUUAAAAAAUUACUUGUUAGAGCAAGAAAGAGUAGUAUGAGAUUAUAUUUAUAAAGUAUUUAUUUCUAUUUACUUCACUGAAAAAUGUACAUUCUGUUUAUCAUGUGUUGUUGUUUUCCACACUUAUGAACAUACGUGAUGCUGCAUCCUGUUUCUGAUAUAGGAAGAGAUGUGGAAGUCAGCUCAGGAGGGGCCCGUCAACCAUUGUGUGAAGCUAGCUACCCUUUCCCCAUUCCAAACACUACACUUGCUGCCAGGCUGCUCAUUUUUCUUUUUCCCUCACAGUCACCUGAGUUUGUUUGACUUGGCUUUGAAGCAGAUGUUACAUCCAAAAGUGUCUAACAUUCCUCCGAAAUGCUUGCUUUUGCUUUCAACAAGAAGCAAUUUUAGGAGGCUCUACUUGGGAGUAAAAAAACAGCAAUGGCAGUUGCACUUAAGUCUCUUUUCAUUCGCUAGAUGGAAUUAUUUACCCCAUCUACACCCCCAGCUGCUUCUUCUGUGUUUGGGGAAAAAAGGUUGGAUAUCCUACACUUUUUUCUAGAAAGCAGCUAAAUAGAUUGAUGGGGAAAAUGUGAUGCAUUCUUGGUCCCCAGCCUUUUGGUGUUGCUUUUCAUUUUUAAGUCCAUCACUUUAUUUCUCACGUGCAUCUUCUUGUAAUUUUGAGACUGACAUUCAUUUUCACGUCAAUUGCGGUGUGUUGUUGGAGGUAAAUUCAUGUGAUUCCUAGCAAAAUUCUGCGAUGGAUUCUUUAUUCACCAACAUAUCAGAAAUGUGGGUUGCUUUUCAUUGUUCAUAUCACAGAUAAUAUUCAUUAGGUUACUGUGAUACAACUAUAUUCUACACAGCAUUCAGAAUAGUCAGGGAAAAAUGGCAUUUUCCAAGGAAUAGAGUAUAACCACUCCCAAUGCCUAGGGAGAAAAAAAUUCUGCAGAACAGAAGUACAACCUCAAGGGAAGAUAAAUGUACUUCCCAAGAAACUUGAAACUGAAUGUGUGAAAACUGAUUUAUGAGAGGCUUAGGUUUGAAUUAGAUGAUGGGGAAUGAUGUAGCAAGAAUGAAAAGACCCUAGACUAUGGAUGGAAAAGUGUGAUAUCAAAUGGGCCCUUCUCUACAUUGUUGUAUCAGGUGGUGCUUUUAAAAGUCUCCUUGCAAUCAUUAAAUACGCCUGCACCUCAUUUCUUUAUUUUCUUUCUCUGAAGUAUUAGAUUUUCUAAGCAGAAUGUAAAAGAUGACCUUUACACCAAAUGUUUACAAAGUUUGUGUGAAAACUCAAAACGUUCCUGUUCAGAUUUUUUAAAAAUUGGGUGCCCCUGCAAACCUAAACUUUGGCAAAUCCAAGGAAGCCUCCAACCCUCUCUUCAUGUUUCCUUGCUCUUCCUGAUAGCAGACAUUCGUUCAGGUGUCUAUAAUCCUUUAGUCCCCAAGAGCCUUUGCUAGAAUAAAUAUGCAGACUGAGUGUUCUGAUUCCCUCAUCAGCCAGGCAUAACAUCACUGAGUCAUAUUUUACUUCAUUCUUUGUUACCUGUUCCCCCCUUAUAAUCCCCCUUAAAAUAGCUUGUCAUUCCAUCUUUCUCCAACUCUCAUUCUGACUUACAGAUCCAGAGAACAACAAAAAGUUUGAAGGGAUAGUUCUCCUCAUAGACUACCAUUUUACUCUAUUAAUCCUAGUCUUCUGUGGUACUGGAAUCUCUUUCAAAAUAUGCUUAAAGCUUGUCUCUGCAUUAUAAGAAAUUAUAUGCGAAGUGUCUGGAAGAAGUGCUUUCCUGUCCACAAUGCUAUUUACAGCCAGGUCAGUAUGACCAUACAGGAGGCUGUCAAAAGACAGCUCUAUUUGUUUUAAUGUGUGUGGUUUAUUUUUCCUGAGUGAAAAAAAUAAUAAGUAAUUUUUAAAGAGCUUUUAGUGGACUAUUUUUGUUCAUUGCAACUUUCCAGCUUAAAGCUGCUUCCAGACAAGGUGUUUACAGUGGAAUGCUAUGCCCUCUUCACUUACAUUUAAUGGUGUGUGUACGUUCCACAUGACACAGUCGUCCUCUUGUAACACCCCUUUGUUUUCCCAAUGCUGCAUCCAUUUAAUUUAAUGUAAUGGAACAUAAAAUUUUGGAAGAAGACGUAAAAUAGCAGCAGGAAUUCUUCCCAGAUUCAGAUCUAUGCAAGAGAGGCAGGGUAAGAAACGUUGUUCCUGGAAAAGGUGGAUGACAUGUUGGGGACAUGCUUUCUUCUGCUACAUAGGGACCUACAGGUUGAGAACCACCUGGCUUAGACUGUCUCAGCCUCCUUAAAGGUUAUGAAGAAAGGGAGAUGCUUGAAUGUUGCUAUUCUAAACUUCUAUCCUCCCCCCCCCCUCCACCCUGCACAGCUCAGGGAUUGCUAUCAGAUCCAAGCAGGGAGAAAGGAAUGGUUCAAAAUAGCCAAAUCUAGCAAGGUGGGCAGCGGGUAGGGAGCAACACCCCUAAUGUACAGACUGACAUAGAAAGAAAGAAGUAUCUUGCUCAAGAGUCCAUAAGUACACUGGGGAGGGAACAGAAUUGCCAUUGUUUUGAUCCAUCCUACAGAACAUAAUGGGAUGUAAAAACAUUUUUUAAAAGGAGAAGGAGGUAUAUAGCACACUGUAGAAAGUACACUGAAAAUCUGCUUACAGCAAAAGAAAACCCAAACAUUGAUUGUGUAGCUUUUAUACCUGGAAUCACCCAUAAGUCUAAAAAUCUGCACAUCAUGUCAUGAAAAAUCAUCUUUGAUUCUUGAUUUCUGCUCAGUGGAGAUUCUUGCUUAUUUACCAGUAUCUGAUUCAAUGCCCCAACUCUACUAAUUGGCAAUAAUUGGCAUUAGACCAGACAAUUUUUUGCCAAAAGUGAUUUGCAGUAAAAUGGACAGAUAUAACAUCAGAACAUUUUAGAGUAAUGAGGAUUCAGCAUGGACAGAUAGCCAUGCUGAAUCUUCAUUUCUCUAAAAUGUUCUGAUGUUUUAUGUUUGAGAGUAAACCACAGCUAUCAGGAGCCAGGUGGAAACAAGCAAGUGUAGUAUAAAGCUCUCUCUUUUUAAAAUGAAAAACACAGUACAAUUGUACAUAUGUUUAUUUGGAAGUAAGUCUCACUUUUCAGUAGGACUUAUUUUUUAAGUAAGUGUUCAUAAGAAUGUAAACUUAAUAUCGCAAUAGUUCAUUGACAGAGGGAUAUUUUCCCUUCUAUCUGAGGAGAAGAAGGCUUUCACAGAUACAUGGGAUUCAGUAAAAAUGUAUGUGCCCAUCAAAAAUCUGCCUAAGUAGACUCUCCCACACUUUAAUUUCAGGAUUCUAACAACAACGAAACGUAUAGUAUGUGGACAGCCUUUAUCAUUGAGACCAAAACCAGGAAACUAAUAGCUGUACUAGUAAUAAUGUAUUAAAACUGUACUAGUGAUAAUGAAUGAAGAGGUCAUUUCAGUGCCCUCUCUUGUUCAUGUUUGUUUUUGACCAGUCAAGUGCUAAAAUAUCUAUAUUGCCUGCACAGUGUGAAAAGAUUGAUAUGGGAUACGGCUUAGGUCAACCAGCCUACAGUUCAUGUCCCUUGAUGGUUUCAGUUUUGGAAAAAAGUAUUUUCUCUCACUUGGUGUCCCAUGUUGCUGGGGCCAGCAAACCUGCAGACAACAUGGCAGUGAGGGAUUAAAACUUGUCCCAAAGCUCUUAGAAAUCAGUGGGUAUGUUUGAAUAGGAAAUGUAAUGCAAUGACUGAAAAGUAGUUGGUCAGCUUUGAAUUCAACACAUUGUCAGUAGAUUAUUUAUCAUGUAGUAUUUCCCAACUUUUGGUCCUGCAGGCAUUUUGGACUUCAGCCCCCACAGUUCCUAACUGGGAUUUCUGGAAGUUGAAGUCCAAAACACCUGGAGGACCAAAGGUUGGGAAACACUGAUAAUUCAUCCAACAUGAUAGCAAUCUCCUAGCAGUGAAGGAUUUCUGUAAUAAUUUGGAAAAAAUAGUUACAGAAAUUAAAUCAUGAUAGUUUGCACAUAUCUUUUCCUUGGCAUUGGUGCUUCUGAGAUUACUGCUUCAUUCAUUGACAAAACAACAAGUGACGUGUACAUUUACUGGUUUUGGGACUACAUGAGAAGAAUUCCCGCUGAUUGAUUUUAAUUUGUCUUUUGUUUGGAGGCCUUUUAGAAUUCAUAUUCCAAGGAUACCAUCCUGUCCUGUAGAUAAGGAGACCCGUUAAAUUCAGCAUGAAACAUAACUGACAGCUUCCAAUUUCACUUUGUUUCCCACUAACACUACCAUUUUACAAAUCGCUGUUGGAGGCUGGUGAGAUAAAACAAUGAUGUGUAAGAAAACCAUGGUUUAGUAUUAUGAUAUAAUGUAACACUCUUCUGUAGUACAUAUUGGUCAGGGAUUUAUCUUCUGUAACUAUGAAUGGCACAGUUGUUUUAUUUAUUUAAAACCUUUUCCAGUUCUAAAAAUUAAGGUGGGAUCUCUAAAAGAACAGAUGCCCUCUCUACCGCCUUCCAUUGGAAGGAUGGUGCAUCUUAGCCGAGAAGUGGAAUUGAAAAUUAUCCAAAAGUAACAGACAGGUAAAGAAACAAGUGAAAGAAGCACAAUUAGCUAAGAACUUUGAAACUAUGUAGAGAUUGUGGUAAUAUACAACUGCAACAACACAAGACAUUUAACUGUUUAAUAUGCUCUUACUGUCUUUCUGUUGUGUACUGACUGAUCUAUACGAAGGAUCUCUUCUAUUCAUGAGUUAUGACUCGAUAUCAAGAUCGUACUUUAUAAUAACAGAUUGUGGUUACAUUUUUUAUUUUUUAUUAAUCUUUUUUGCCUGUGCUUCCAUUAUCUAGUUUGUCCACAUGAGUUCUUCCCGUGACAUCAUCUCCAAGUGCUGGGAGACCAUUUCUCUUGCUUUGUAUAUAUGUGAUUGCUGUGGGCACACCUGUUAUAAAUAAUAACAAUACUGAAGUAAUGAGUCUAGUUUUCUUGAUGUCUUAAAUUAUGAGUGUUGGAAAUUAGGGUCUUGAACUGUUUGUGUACACCUAAGGCAUUGUUCAGUUAAAGAAAUAAAUGUGGCAUUUAUGCAAAUACUGGACAAGA